AUGUCAGCCAAAGCGAUCCGAGAGUUCGACGGCAAGCGCAUCCUGUCCACGAACCUCCCGUCGUUCAACCUCAACAAGCGCUUCGCACAGGUGGCCGUGACCAAGAGCUUCAUCGGCCAGAGUCGCGAGGCCUUUUUCCUCGCAGUCGAGGCCACAAGUCCGUGGCUCACGACGCUGGGCGAGACGACGCUUGUGGUCAAGCCUGACCAGCUCAUCAAGCGUCGAGGGAAGGCGAACCUGCUGCUGCUGAACGCCACGUGGACCGAGGUGCAGGACUGGAUCUGGCACCGCAUCAACCAGCCCGUGCAGGUGGAGAGCGUCACGGGCGUCUUGACGCACUUUAUCGUCGAGCCCUUCGUCAAGCACUCGGGCCCGGACGAGCACUACGUGUGCAUCGUCUCGAAUCGGGACGGAGAGGAGAUUUUGUUCCAUCACGAAGGCGGCGUCGACGUUGGCGACGUGGACGCGAAAGCGAAGCGGCUGCAGGUCGGCAUUGAGUCGGUGGUGUCCGAGGACGAGGUCACGGCUGCGCUCUUGUCGUCCAUGGACGACGCCCGGAAACCCAUUCUGGCCACGUUUCUAGUGGACAUGCUGGCCAAGUUCCGGGACCUGCACUUUGUGUACAUGGAGAUUAACCCCAUUGUACUGGUGGGCGACCAGCUUUUUGUACUGGACAUGGCGGCAAAGCUCGAUGAGACCGCCAACUUUCUAGUAGGCGAUCAGUGGGGAUCGAUUGAGUUUCCCCCGGCUUUUGGGCGUGCGAAGUUCCCCGAGGAGGAGUUCAUCCAGGACUUGGACUCCAAGACGGGCGCUUCGCUCAAGCUCACGAUCCUGAACCACACGGGUCGCAUUUGGACCAUGGUGGCUGGUGGAGGAGCUUCAGUCGUGUACGCGGACACGAUCGCCGACCUUGGCUAUGGCCAUGAACUGGCCAAUUACGGCGAGUACUCGGGCGCUCCAAGCGAGACGCACACGUACAACUACGCCAAGACGAUUCUGGACCUAAUGACGCGCAACUUUGACGAGCGGGGAAAGGUUUUGAUCAUUGGUGGCGGGAUCGCUAACUUCACGGACGUUGCACUGACGUUCAAAGGCAUUAUUCGCGCUAUCACGGAGUACCAGCAAAAGCUCAGGGACAACAAGGUGCACAUUUGGGUGCGUCGUGGUGGUCCCAAUUACCAGGAAGGUCUAGGUAUCAUGCGGGAUGUUGGUGAGGCUACAGGCGUUCCUAUUGAAGUGUUUGGUCCCGAGACGCACAUUACGGCUGUUGUUCCGAUGGCCCUUGGGCUCGCUGAAAACGUUCCGGCGGUCGCGGCGCAGCCUGCUCCUGCCAGGACUGCUAGUGACAGUAAACUGAACGAGGUUAAGCCAUCUGUGGAUGAUACUAGCGGUGUGAAUAGUGAAAAUGAGGAAAGCGGAUUUGCUGAAGGGCUGGAGAGCAAGGGAGUCGCAACUGCGCAGCCUCCAUUGGUAAUCCAGGAUGAAGGCAUUGUGCGCAUGGACGACAAGACGCGUUGUAUCGUCUACGGGCUGCAGCAGCGUGCCGUACAGGGUAUGCUCGAUUUUGACCACUUGUGUAAGCGCAAGACCCCGAGUGUGGCAGCCCUCGUCUUCCCGUUUUCUCCCAACCACUACCUGAAGUUCUACUGGGGUACUUCAGAGCGUCUGAUUCCCGUCUUCCAAAAGCUGUCUGAUGCUGUCAAGAAGUAUCCGGACGUGAGCGUGCUGGUCAACUUUUCAUCAUUUCGGUCUGUGUACCAGUCGACGAUGGAGGGGUUUGAGCACAGCGACACCAUCAAGACACACGCGAUCAUUGCCGAGGGUGUUCCAGAGCAGCAGUCGCGUUUGAUUGCGAAGAAGGCUCGUGAACUGAACGUGGGUCUUAUCGGUCCCGCCACGGUUGGUGGCAUCAAGCCUGGCUGUCUGCGUAUCGGUAACACAGGUGGUAUGCUGGACAACAUUGUGCAAUCAAAGCUGUACCGCCCUGGCAGUGUGGCAUACGUGUCCAAAUCAGGUGGUAUGUCCAACGAGCUGAACAACAUUGUCUCGCAGACAACGGAUGGUGUGUACGAGGGUGUGGCCAUUGGUGGUGACAAGUACCCGGGCUCCACGUUCAUCCAGCACCUGCUGCGCUAUGAGGCGAACCCGGAGGUGAAGAUGAUGGUUCUUCUUGGUGAAGUUGGUGGCACUGACGAGUUUGCUGUCUGCCGUGCCAUACAAUCGGGUGCCAUCAAGAAACCGGUGAUUGCCUGGUGCAUUGGUACGUGUGCGAAGAUCUUUCCGUUUGAGGUACAGUUCGGUCACGCCGGUGCUUGCGCUACGGGUGAGUCCGAGACUGCUUCGGCCAAGAACGCUGCUCUGGCUGCUGCGGGCGCUAUCGUUCCGAAAAACUUUGAUCAGUUCGGCAGCGCGAUUCGCAAGCAAUUUGACUCGAUGGUCGCGUCGGGUAUGAUCGUGCCACGUCCGGAGGUUCCGGUCCCUAAAGUUCCUAUGGAUUAUGCCUGGGCGAAAAACCUCGGCCUCAUUCGUAAACCGGCGAACUUUAUCUCGUCCAUUUCGGAUGAUCGUGGCGAAGAGCUACGGUAUGCUGGGACUCCCAUCUCGAAGGUGUUUGAGCAAGACAUGGGUGUUGGCGGCGUGAUCGGUCUUCUGUGGUUCAAGCGCAACCUGCCGCCUUAUGCCUCAAAGUUCAUCGAGAUGGUACUUAUGGUCACGGCUGACCACGGCCCAGCUGUGUCGGGUGCCCACAAUACGAUCGUCACGGCCCGCGCCGGCAAGGAUCUGAUCUCUUCGCUGAUUUCGGGUCUAGUGACGAUUGGCCCCCGCUUUGGUGGUGCUUUGGACAAGGCUGCCGAAAUGUUUGCGAGUGCGCAUGACUCGGGUAUGUCCGCAGCUGAUUUUGUGAGUGAAAUGCGCAAGCAGAACAAGCUGAUUAUGGGCAUUGGCCACCGCAUCAAGUCGUUGUCGAACCCGGACAAGCGAGUUACGAUCAUCAAGGACUUUGCCAAGGCGAACUUCCCUGCCACUGAUGUGCUGGACUUUGCAUUGAAGGUGGAGCAGGUGACCACGAAGAAGCGCAGCAAUCUUAUUCUGAACGUGGACGGUUGUAUCGCAGUCUGCUUUGUGGAUUUGCUGCGCAACUGUGGUGUAUUCACGCUCGAGGAGGCCAACGAGCAGAUUGAGAACGGCUGCCUCAACGGGCUGUUUGUGCUCGGUCGUAGUAUUGGUUUUAUCGGCCAUUUCCUCGACCAGAAGCGUCUCAAGCAGCCGCUCUAUCGCCAUCCGUGGGACGACAUUUCGUACCUGAACGAGGAGCUCUAG